CCUCGGAACGCUCCCGAUGGUCGCCGCCGCGCCGUGAAACGGCAGGGGAAACGCCAAGGCAAUGGGGAAGAAAGGCGUCCCUGACUGGCUCAACAGCUCGCUCUGGUCAUCAUCCUCCGCCUCUGCCGCCCCGUGUCCCGUCGAUCGUUUCCCCCGCUCGCCGCCGGCUCCCAAGCCGGAAGCCCCCACCCGAGCUCCGAUCCCCGAGCCUCCGCCGCCCUCCCGGCCACCUCCCGCUCCGGUGGAGGCCCCGAGGCCCUCUAGCGGAACUCCGCCGGAGGAUCCGAGCCCUUCGCGGUUGGCUCAGGAGGAGGUCUCCCGCCAGUCCCAGCUCUUAGCCGAAAUAUCGAAGAAGGUUGUAAAUAUUGGAGAAUUGAGGAGGUUGGCCUCGCAGGGCAUUCCGGAUGGAGCUGGAAUUCGGUCGACAAUAUGGAAGCUUCUCCUAGGUUAUUUGCCAAACGAUCAUGAGUUCUGGGUGCAAGAAUUAGACAGGAAGCGGGCUCAGUACAAGGAUUUUAAGGAGGAGUUUUUGGUGAACCCCUCAGAAAUGGCACGAAAGUUGGAAGAAUCUACUGGCCACAAAAAUGGAGGGAUGGAAAGUGGAGGUUGUGGCUUUCUGAUGAGAUCUGAAAUAACACAUGAUGAGCAUCCUUUGAGCCUGGGGAAGACCAGUGUAUGGAAUCAGUUCUUCCAGGAUACAGAGACUAUAGAACAGAUUGAUCGAGAUGUAAAGCGCACUCAUCCUGACAUGCAUUUUUUCAGCGGGGAUACAUCCCUUGCAAAGUCUAAUCAGGAGGCCUUGAGGCACAUACUGAUUAUCUUUGCAAAGUUGAAUCCGGGAAUAAGAUAUGUACAAGGGAUGAACGAAGUCUUAGCACCUCUUUUCUAUGUGUUCAGAAAUGAUCCAGAUCAAAAUAAUGCUGCAUAUGCUGAAGCAGAUGCUUUCUUUUGUUUUGUUGAGUUACUGAGUGGGUUUAGGGACAAUUUCUGUCAAAAGCUUGACAAUAGUGUAGUUGGCAUUCGUUCUACAAUUGCCAAACUAUCAGAGCUACUAAAGAAACAUGAUGGAGAGCUUUGGCGUCAUCUGGAGAUUACAACGAAAGUGAAUCCCCAGUUUUAUGCAUUCAGAUGGAUUACACUGCUUUUGACUCAAGAGUUCAAUUUUGCGGACAGCCUUCACAUUUGGGAUACACUGUUAAGUGAUCCUGAAGGUCCUCAGGAAACGUUACUCAGAGUAUGUUGUGCCAUGCUGAUUCUGGUUAGGAGACGUCUGUUGGCUGGCGAUUUCACUUCCAACCUCAAGCUGCUGCAGAAUUAUCCAUCAACAAACAUCAGUCACCUUCUCUAUGUUGCUAAUAAGCUGCGUGGGUCGUCGGCUGGUUAAGUUCCGAUGCCAUGCUCUUCCAAUGUUGGUUAACAUUCCAUCUAUUUGUAAAUUGCUGGAGCUGUCGAACAACUUAAAUUUUUGUUGGAGAAAAAGCAUUUAACUGCUUGUGCUCUUUAGAACCUUAGAAUGAGAGUAAAAAACCUUGUGUUUUCUGUGUUCUACACCAGUGUUUAUACCUCCAAAAGUUGUCCGGAUGGGAUGUGAUUGUGGUGGGGAAGCUAAAAGAAAUACUAGUAUAAUCGGUGCAUUUGUUGUGCAUCUUUGAUUGCA